AAUCCGGGUCGAGGACAGAGGUAGACGGAGGGAGGGAAAUCUGGGCUGAGGACUCGGACAGAGGAAUCCGGGCCAAGAAGAAAGGUGGAGGGAAAUUCCGACCCGCGGGGAAUACAGUGCGGAGGAAGGGGUGGAGAAGAGGAAAGGGAGAUCAGUCCGGGCCGAGGAGAGAGACCGGGCCAAGGCAUAGCGAGGCCGACGUUACAGAGCGGGACCGAACCGAAAAAUCCGGACCGGGGAGAGCGUGAAUGAGAAACACACACACACACACAGUCUGAAUCAAGGUGGUAGCCAUGCUUGUCCCAGUUUUCUCGCUCAAGCUAAACCACAGAAUCAACCCCCGGAUGGUGACUGUGGGGAAAUAUGAUGGCACACACCCUUGUCUAACUGCUGCUACCCAGGCUGGCAAGAUUUUUAUCCACAACCCACACACACGUAGCCAGCACUUUGUCUCCAACAACUUAUUGCAAGGUGGCUUGGAUUCCAAUACCUCCCUUCUGAACAUAAACCAGAAUGUUAGCUGUCUAACAGCGGGAGUACUAAAUCCCGGACUUCGCCGUGACAUGCUGCUUGUUGGUACACAGACUAACCUGCUGGCUUAUGAUGUACAUAACAACUCUGAUGUCUUUUACAAGGAGGUGGCAGAUGGAGCUAAUGCAAUAGUGCUGGGACAGCUUGGGGAGAUUCCCUCUCCACUGGCAAUUAUCGGAGGAAAUUGCACACUCCAGGGUUUUGAUCAGGAUGGAAAUGACCUCUUUUGGACGGUCACUGGGGACAAUGUCCGAUCACUGGCACUCUGUGACUUUGAUGGGGAUGGGAAGAAGGAGCUUCUGGCUGGUUCAGAAGACUUUGACAUCAGGGUCUUCAAAGAAGAUGAAAUAAUGGCAGAAAUAUCAGAGACAGAGACUAUCACAGCACUGUGCCAUAUGCAUGGGAGUCGGUUUGGGUAUGCUCUGGCAAAUGGCACUGUUGGAGUUUAUGACCGGGCUACACGCUACUGGAGAAUUAAGUCUAAAAAUCAUGCCAUGAGUAUUCAUGCUUUUGACUUGAACUCAGAUGGUGUUUGUGAGUUAAUCACUGGCUGGUCAAAUGGAAAGAUUGAUGCACGCAGUGACCGUACUGGUGAAGUCAUCUUCAAGGACAACUUCACCUCCUGUGUUGCUGGAAUUGUGGAGGAAGACUACAGGAUGGAUGGACAGAAGCAGCUCAUCUGCUGCUCGGUUGAAGGGGAAGUUCGAGGUUAUCUGCCUGCUGAUCAAGAGAUGAGAGGGAAUUUGAUGGACACAAAUGCAGAACAAGACUUGAUCCGUGAGCUGAGCCAGCGGAAACAGAACUUGCUGCUCGAACUGCGUAACUAUGAAGAAAAUUCAAAGGUUGCCUUGAGUGCCUUUGGUGGAGACGGGGAUGGACAGAUAGGCAUUAUUCCAGCCAAUACACAACUGCAAACAGGCCUUUCUGUCAAUGUAGACACUGCCAACCAACGUCCUCAUGUAGAGCUGAGCAUUUCUACAUCCAAUGAUACCAUUAUUCGGGCUGUGCUUAUCUUUGCUGAGGGUAUAUUUGACGGAGAGUCUCAUGUGGUUCAUCCCAGUGCACACAAUCUCUCAGGACAAAUCUUUGUCCCCAUCAUUCCACCCAAAGAUAUCCCAGUGGAUCUGCAUAUCAAGGCUUAUGUGGGCUACAGAAACAGCAUGCAGUUCCACGUAUUCGAGCUAACAAGGCAGCUGCCUCGAUUCUCAAUGUAUGCCCAGUGCACUCCAGGGACUGCUUCUGAACCUCAGAGUUAUGUCACCUUCACAGUCAGUGAUCGUGUGCAGAGGGUUGUGAUGUGGAUGAAUCAGAACUUCCUCAUACCUGAUGACAUUGAAUGUACCAGUAUACCACUGGAUGUCUGCUUCACAACUCUAAGAGAUGGUGGACAGCUCAACAUUAAAAUGAAUGCAAAUGGAGAGGUCACCGUCAGAACAGAGGAUAUUGACCUUGCUGGUGAACUUAUCCAGUCCAUGGCAUCUUUCUUGGCCAUUGAAGAUCUACAAGUAGAAGCAGACUUCCCAGCUUACUUUGAAGAGCUACGUCAAAUACUUGUUCAGAUGGAUGACUACCAUUCUGUACAUCAAAAGCUCACUGCUGAGAUGGCUGAUCAUUCCAACCUAGUCCGUAGCUUGUUGGUCCGGGCAGAGGAUGCACGACUAAUGGGAGAUAUGAAGAGUAUGAAAAAAGGAUACACGGAACUUUAUGACUUAAAUCGAGAUUUGAUAAAUGGGUACAAGAUUCGCUGUAACAACCACACUGAACUUUUGAGCUGUCUGCGAGCAGUGAAUCAGGCAAUACAAAGGGCAGGACGCCUGCGAGUUGGGAAGCCCAAGACCCAAGUGAUCUCUGCGUGUCGAGACGCCAUCAAAAAUAACAAUGUCAAUGCACUUUUCAAAAUUAUUCGUGCUGGCAGCACUUCGUCCUGAAAAGGUCACAGGUAUUGGCCAAGGCAAUAGUAGAAUCAGGGUUGGUUCAUAAAUAGUAAGAAGGCACAUAGGCAAUGCAAAUAUAUGCAAAGUUGAUUGUAUCAACUCCAAACCAUCACACCCAAAUCUAGCUGGGUGAGCAGGUCUGUCUCGAGUGUAACUAUCUUAUGUUUUAGAUAUCACAGUAUAAGUGAGUAAAGUACCAGAAUAUCUCAAGCAAUGGAGAAGGACAUAAAAAGAACUUAAAAUGUGUCACGAAAUGAUAAGGAAUUAAAUAGAUGUGGUUUACUUUGAACAUCUAUUUAUCCGGUCAAUCCCCCAUCUACUGUCUCCAUCCCAACUCAAUCCUAUAUCUGUCCAUCCGCUCCAUAUAGCCUCUUCCAUUCAUAAUAUCUCUCCUUCACCCUUAUUUACCAUUAGAGUAACCAACUGGAUUAAUUUAAGUUACACAUAAUUUUCAACCAGAAGUACGUGGACUGCAGCAGUUCGCAGCUCACUACAUCUUCUCAAGGGCAACUAGGGAUGGGUAAUAAAUGCUGCCCAACACCCAAUGUCCCCAUCCCACAAGUGAAUAAAAAAUUCAGAUGCUAGAGAUAAAUUAUCUUUUUAUCGUAAUACUUUGUAAUAAAAUUAAUAAUCAAGCCAGUAUGCACACUACUAAUCAAUCCUGCUGAAUUGUCAGUUUGGAAAUCAAACAGCUACUGAAUAUGGUGCAUUUUUAUAUACAAUGUCAAACAACAUGAAAAGCCCUUCAGUUCUGAUUAUUUUGCUGUCGUCCAAAUGCAACUAGACCAGUAGAUGGCAACGUUGUAUCACAUACUUCUUUCUCAUAGAUGUGCAUUUUUAAAAUAAGUAAACAGGGAGAUAACCUUGCAUAGUUAUGAACACCACGCUAAUCCAAAAUAAUAAUAACCAGGGAACAGGUUCCCAAACUGGCUAUAAUUCUCCUACGUAUACACUGAGGCAACUGAAGAAGCAUCAAACUGACGUCACAUCUGCUUGCUGAAGUUGCUGGAAAAGCUCAGCAGGUCUGGCUGCAUCUGUGAAGAAAAAUCAGAGUUAACAUUUUGGGUCUGGUGACCCUUCCUCAGGUCUGAGGAGAAUUCCAAUGACUGAAACUAAACCACAUGCAAGUUUUUAACACUACAGUAAACCCAUAAUACAGUACUACUAGCAUUAACUUCUGCUUGCACAAUAUGCACUUGUGGUUUUUGUGUAUCCUUUGCUAUCACCCUGUACAUGUUCAAUAUAGUUUUGCAUAUAUUUUUAUCUAUAUCAAAUGUUAGUUACUAUAUUUCAUAUUAUUCUGUAACUACCCACAUAUCUGCAACGCUGUAAUCCUCAACUCAACUGCUAUAUUGCAAUAGCACUCACUUUUUCGAACUUAUUUCCUCUUUUAUUAUCCCUAUUCCACCCCAAACUAUCCUUCCUAUCUUGCACUUAACUGCUAUAUUGACUAUCUACUAUCUAGUCAUAUUCUGUAACUAGGUUCACUCUAUGCAACCACUUUAACCAACAUCAAAAUAUUCCAACAUUCUCACCACUCCCUGCCCAGUUUCAGACACUCUAAUCUCCAAACAAUGGCUGAUCUUGCUACCUGCCACUCUGAAUAUCUAAUCAUUGUGACAGGAUUACAAAUAAAUUCUUUCCAAGAUAGUGUCAGUCAUGGUUAAGCUGAUGACGUCCUUGUUUCUAAGGCAAAAAGCUCAUGAGGCUUGAUCUGAAAGCAUAAAAUCUAGGCAAACGUUUCAGGGUAGGGAGUGUAGCACUGUGACAGGACAUGGACAUAAAAGAUCUAUGACAUUAUCUCAGUGAACUGAAAAGUUCUCUCUGGUGUCAUUGACACUCCACCAGCAUUACAGAAGUAGAUUAUCUGUUCAUAGCACUUUAUUGAAUCUUCUUAAGCAAAAUUUGGCUUUUAUAUUUUCUGCAUUAUCAAGUUCAGGAAAUUAAUUCCUUGGCUGUAAAAUGCUUUGGGACCACCUGAGGUUAUGAAAGAUGCCAUAUGAUUGCAAUCUUUCUUUUAUUCCUGAAGUAAGGCAACUUGUAUUUAAUUUUGUUGGCAUUUGUAAAUAUCACCUUUUAGUAAAUUGCAAUAAAAAAGAUAUGUUGUUGAAUUAAA